AUAGGCAGGCAACGCGACGGAUAGUAAGACACGGAAACCUGCACCGAACAAAACUGGAAGCACCUACAGUUGUCCGUGGACAACCUGGGUAUCUCCGAAUCCCCUCGGAACAGCAUCAUGGACGUCGCCGAUAAACGUGAAAAGCUUGACUGACAUGUGUAGGUGGUUGAUGGAGAAAAGGCCUAAAAUACCUGGAACACGGGAGCUGGACCGGCGACUACCGAUACUGCCGAUCGACGUCAAUGCCGUUCUUCAGCCCACAGAUGGCGUUAGGGUCACUUGGAUCGGCCACGCGACAAGUCUAGUCCAGUUCGACGGGAUCAAUCUACUAACGGAUCCCGUGUUCUCGGCGAGGGCCGCUCCGACGCAGAUCAUGGGGCCGCUGCGUUAUCGCCUGGUCUCUCCCAAUCUGUACCACCUCUUGGAUUUGCCCGAAAUGAAAAUCCACGCUGUGUUGAUAAGCCACAAUCAUUACGAUCAUUUGGAUUCCAACAGCGUAUUCGAAUUGAAUAGACGAUUCCCAGAAGCCUGGUGGUUUGUACCUGAAGGAUUGGAUGGCUGGUUUAAAGGAUGUGGUUGCAAAAACACCAAGGAGAUGACCUGGUGGGAAGAACAGGAACUACCGACGCAUCCAAAUAUCAAGAUGGCUUUCACACCUGCGCAACACUGGUGCCAACGUUACAUAAAAGAUGUUAAUCAGUUUUGA